AAAGAACUGCGGCUGCGUGGCCUUUUUCUUCGUUCUCUUCGCCUGCCGCUGCUGCUGCUGCUCAGUAGUCCAAGUAGCAGCAGGACGGUCACGCACGGAAGCAAACGACACCACUCGUGAGUUAAAAAAACAAAACAAACAACAACAACAACGUCGAAAUGGACGCUGGUUUGAGCAUUACUCCACUAUCAAUAGCAAUGUUUGUCGGUUGUUUCCUGCUCGGAUUCAUCCCUCUGUUGUUCCGAUUUUCGGAGAGAAGCGUGCACUUCAUCUCCAUCCUGGGUGCAGGCUUGUUGUGUGGAACAGCCCUCGCCAUCACCAUCCCCGAAGGAGUGGGCUUAUUGCAAGCGUCCUGGACACACCGGCAUGGUCACCAUCAUAUCAUAAAGGUAUAUUCUGUUCUCAUGAAUGUGUUUGUGGCCUUAUUUGUGUAUCCUUGUCUCCUCGCAGUGAACGCAACCUCCACAGAAAGAGCCCCCUCGCCUCAGCUGUGGAUCGGCGUGGCUUUGACGUUGGGCUUUGCCUUCAUGUUUGUGGUGGAUCAGCUGGGGAGUUACCUCUCCCUGUGUGGACAAACGACUCCUAACAGGGGCGCCAUCACAGCCACGCUGGGGCUGGUUAUUCAUGCCGCAGCUGACGGAUUCGCGCUGGGUGCAGUGGUAGCCACAGGCCAGAUUACAGUGCAAAUCAUCGUGUUUUUAGCGGUGAUUCUACACAAGGUUCCGGCAGCUUUUGGUUUGGUUGCCUUUCUGAUGCAUGCGGGACUGGAAAAUAGGUCCAUCCAGGGAUAUCUGUUUGCCUUUUCAGCUGCAGCACCAAUUGUUGCUAUCAGCACUUACUUCAUACUACACGCAUCUUGCAUGUCAUCUCAGAACCAGCUCGCUGCAACUGGUGUCGGAAUGCUCUUCUCGGCCGGGAGUUUCCUCUUUGUGGCCACGGUGCACGUUCUUCCUGACAUCAUCAGCAGUCAUAGUCAUGGACGUGCGGGCCAAGACUCUGAUCACCUCCAGCAGCAGAGCCACUUAGGCCUUCAGGAGAGCUUGACUCUUGUUCUCGGGGUGGGGCUUCCUGUGCUUCUGGCUGUGGGGCUUCAUGAUGACUGAGAAGAACUUGGCAGGCCACACCUGCAAGAAAAUUGAGGACUUGUAUAACAAGAAAUUGUAGUUCACUUAGAAUGUGAAAGCUGAGCAAUGCGGUCACCAAGCUGACAGGCCAAAGAGAGAAAUUAACUGAGCAGGGAGUGGGGAGAUGGGUCAAAAGAAAGGGAUAGCUCAUAUGUCAUCCUUGGUGCACAAUUUCCAUUACACAACAAAAACCGUGGCAGCAAUGUUGUACCAGGUUUUUCUUCAUAUCUGAUAAUAGCAUCCUGAAAAAUGCCAUAGCUUUAGAUGGAUAAAUAUACAUAUCAUCCAUCCAUCCGUUUUGUAUAGCACUUGUCCUCAUUGGUAUCAGGGCUGAGUUGGAAGUUAUUCCAGAUAAAGCCUUAUGGGGUUGGACAUCUUUUGAUUUAAUAGCAUGAGAAAGUGUACACCCAUGUUUGAAUGUAGUAAAUUGUACAUACCUCCCUGCAGAUACUAGGGUAACUGACAACAAACCAUUAAACAACAUGACAAUUACAGGAA